AAGUUGGAAGGUCCAAAGAGACCCCAACCCAAGAACAGUGUCUCCGCCACCACUCUCACUCCCAUCGCUCCACUCGCCUCCAUUUUUUCUUUCUAUAAAGCUUUUUUUUUCCUCCUCCUCCCGAGCCUAAGAAACCGCCAUUAAACCCACCACCACCUCCUCAUCCAGCUCCUGGAAGGCCUGUCCGCGAUGCAUCGCCUCGCCGUCUGCCUCCUGCUUGCACUGGCGCAGCUCGCCGUCGCGUGGCGCCCGUGGCCGCCGCGCAAUGGGAGCGGCGAGCUUGAAGGAAUCGGGGCGUCCAAGAAGUUCGAGGGGUCGUCGGAGUUCGUCAAGCUGCAGUACCACAUGGGCCCCGUCCUCGCCGCCGACAUUACGGUGCACCCGAUCUGGUACGGCCGGUGGCCCGCCGAGCAGAAGCGCACGAUCCGGGCGUUCGUUCGGUCGCUCUCGCCGGCCGCCUCCGAGGAGGGCGCCAUCCCGUCGCCGUCCGUCGCCGCGUGGUGGCGCACCGUGCGGCUCUACACCGACCAGACCUCGGCCAACGUGUCGGCGGUGGUGAAGCUCGGGCAGGAGAAGACCGACGCGCGCAUGUCGCGGGGCGCGAGGCUGACCCGGCUCGACAUCCAGUCCGUCGUCCGGGACGCCGUCACCGCGCGCACCAGGCCGCUCCCCGUCGACUCCAGCGGCGUGUACCUGGUGCUCACCUCGCCGGAUGUGGUGGUGGAGAACUUCUGCGGCCAGGUGUGCGGCUUCCACUACUUCACCUUCCCGUCCGUCGUCGGGUACACGCUCCCCUACGCCUGGGUCGGCAACUCGGCGCGGCGGUGCCCGGAGGUGUGCGCCUACCCGUUCGCCAUCCCGUCCUACGUGGCCGGCCGCAAGCCGGAGGCGCCGCCCAACGGCGACGUGGGCGUCGACGGCAUGGUGAGCGUCAUCGCGCACGAGCUGGCGGAGCUGGCGUCCAACCCGCUGGCCAACGCGUGGUACGCCGGCGAGGACCCGUCGUUCCCGACAGAGAUCGCCGACCUCUGCGAGGGGAUCUACGGCACCGGCGGCGGCGGCGCCUACACCGGCCAGCUGCUCACCGACGUCCGCUCCGGCGCCUCGUACAACGUGAACGGCGUCGGCGGCCGCAAGUUCUUGGUGCAGUGGGUGUGGAACCCCUUCCUCAGCUACUGCUCCGGCCCCAACGCACUCGACCAGUAGCCGCCGCCGCCGCCGCCUCGCCGCCAUGCAUGUGUCCCCCCCAUGGAUUUGGAUUCCACUCCUUGGAAUCCAUGGUAGCUUGUAUAGAUCGAGCCGGCGAGGUGAAGAAGGGUGGCGAGCUGGGUUGGUUUCUUGGAAGUGUUUGGGUUUUGGGGCAUGUUUGGGGAGACUGUUUUGAAAGUUUGAGACUAUUUUGCUUUACCUGCAUGGCUCGAUUCCUUUGCUUGA